GCAAUAUACUCUUUAAAUAUUUUAAACAUUAAACUCUCGGUUGAAGAUUUUUCGUAAGACGGAACCAAAUUAAACAAAAUGAAAACGUAAACACAUGCUCCUUAACGCACUGAAUUCUGCAGUUCCACUAAUUGAUGAAAUGUCUGAGGGUCCAUGAAGGCCUCACACAGGCCUAUUUUUUUUCUUUGCAAAUUAUUUUUUCCACAAAUGCUACAGCUAUCAUUGAUCAUUAUGUAAAUAGUCAGCUACCUCCUUUAAUAUGUUGCUGGUGUGAAACACUGUGUUUCUUGGUUGUUACACGUCUAAUUAGGUAACAGAAAUAUGCGGAGAGACCGGUUCACUUUAACCGUAUUCUUGGAUUGGAUAUUUGGAUUCUUCAAACACUGUUUGUCCAUGUUGUGUUCCACAGGUCCAUAUCCACAUCACGUGAACGCCUUUGGGUCAUUAUACUCCAUACAAUCGUGUGACCGACCUAUGGGGUUCAGCCGUCUCUAGAGGUGAGGCAGCGGCGGGGCGUGUCCCUUAACGCGGAGCAUCUGAUUGGUGGAACCACUACCAGCAACUGAAGGUGGUACCUUGGAGAGAGGCGCAUACGGCUCAUUGCUGUAGUCCCACUAACGCGCAAUGCCUCGUUUCACUGUCCACAUUAGAGAUGAGUGGCUGGCAGUACCCUGCCGGGAUACGUCAAACACGAUCCAGUGGCUUGGACUAGAAGCUCUUAAACGAUAUGUAAAGAAUAAACCUGACAACGGCGGCAUCACCGCUGUGAAGGACGCGCGUUUUGUUGUGCGCAGGUGCCAGGGUUUGGGUUUGUUGGACACGGAGGACACCAUCGAGGAUGUUCUCGAGGAUAAUGACUUUGUCGAACUUGCUAUUGAAGGAGACACCAUGUCUCCCGACUUCAUCCCGUGUCAGCCCGGAGUUUCUCAUCUAACCGCAGCCUACAAAGAACCUGGAGAAUAUAUUUCCUUGGAUGGCAACAGCUUGACAUCAACAGACCUGGUCAACCUGGGCAGGGGACUCUACAAGAUAAAGCUGACUCCGGAGGCAGAAAGGAAAGUUGUGCAAUCCAGAGCUUUGGACACCAUUGUCAAAGAAAACAAAGUCGUCUAUGGAAUCACAACAGGUUUUGGCAAAUUUGCCCGCACUGUUAUUCCUGUCAGCAAACUGAAGGAGCUGCAGGAAAACCUUGUCCGGUCUCACUCAGCAGGUUUAGGAAACCCACUGAGUCCAGAGAGAACCCGCAUGUUACUGGCUCUGAGAAUCAAUAUCCUGGCCAAAGGGCAUAGUGGGAUUUCUCUGGAAACCCUACAUGCCAUGAUCCAGGCCUUCAAUGCAUCCUGUCUAUCCUUUGUCCCAGAGAAGGGGACAGUAGGUGCGAGUGGAGAUCUGGCUCCUCUCUCUCACCUGGCCCUGGGACUAAUGGGAGAGGGAAAAAUGUGGUCACCCAAGAGUGGCUGGGCAGAUGCCAAAUACGUCCUGGAGGCCCAUGGACUGAAGCCAAUAAUGCUAAAACCUAAAGAGGGCCUUGCUCUGAUCAAUGGGACCCAAAUGAUCACCUCUCUGGGAGCAGAAGCAGUGGAACGAGCUCAGGCAAUUGCCCGGCAGGCAGACAUCAUCGCUGCUCUGACCCUCGAGGUGUUAAAGGGAACCACAAAGGCCUUCGAUAGUGAUAUCCAUUCGCUACGGCCCCACCCAGGACAGAUAGAAGUAGCUCUACGCUUCCGCUCACUUCUGGACUCUGAUCACCAUCCGUCCCAGAUCGCAGAGAGCCACCGGUUCUGUGACAGAGUCCAGGAUGCUUACACCAUGCGGUGCUGUCCUCAGGUUCAUGGAGUGACCAAUGACACAAUAAAAUUUGUCCAAAAUAUCAUCAACACAGAGAUCAACAGUGCCACUGACAACCCUAUGGUAUUUGCAGAGCGAGGUGAGACCAUUUCUGGGGGGAAUUUUCACGGAGAAUACCCAGCAAAGGCUCUGGACUUCUUGGCUAUCGCCGUCCAUGAGCUGGCCUCCAUCAGUGAGAGGCGGAUUGAGAGGUUGUGUAACCCUUCUCUGAGUGAGCUACCGGCUUUCCUGGUCAAUGAGGGAGGACUCAACUCAGGAUUCAUGAUUGCUCAUUGCACAGCUGCUGCCUUAGUGUCAGAGAAUAAAGUUUUGUGUCAUCCAUCUUCUGUGGACUCCUUAUCUACAAGUGCUGCGACAGAAGACCAUGUAUCUAUGGGAGGAUGGGCUGCGAGGAAGGCCCUGCGGGUGGUGGAGCAUGUGGAACAAGUUCUCGCUAUAGAGCUGUUGGCAGCCUGUCAGGGCAUCGAGUUCCUCCGUCCACUUCGGACCACUACUCCACUGGAGAAGGUCUAUGAACUUGUGCGCAGUGUAGUCAAGCCAUGGAUUAAGGACAGAUUCAUGUCUCCAGAUAUCGAAGCUGUUCACAGGCUACUCCUCGACCAAAAAGUGUGGCAAGUUGCUAAGCCUUACAUUGACAAGUAUCAAACAGAGUACAUCCCUGAAUCUCGUCCUGUCUCUCCCACGGCAUUCUCUUUGGACCCACCAGCGUCACCAAGGAAGCGAGUUCGUCAUGAGUGAAUGUACAUUCACAAAAUGUUUUGUAAUAACUGAAAUUAAAGGAUGAUUUUUAAAGAUUUUUGAGGAUCUUAUUCAUGACCACUGACUGAACAAAAGGGUGAUAAGUAAUUUAAUUUGUAAUGCAUGUAUUUUUCUUUUUUUUUUUAAAUAUAUGGUAUUAAUGGCAAUUGAAAAGCAAGUAUAAAAUGUAGGCAGUAUUUUCUAGUAAUUACUUGGUACUGACCUUGCAUAUAUCCUGCACUACAUUGCUGUGUAUUGACUUUUAUAUUUAUCUUUUAUUAUCCCUUUUAAAAUGACUGAUUUAGUUUUUAUUGCCACAUUACUACCUCAGCCAUUGUACUACUUUCAUAACAAAUGUAUCUAUAAUGAUGUAGCGUAAACAUUGUUAAAACAAACAUAGUUUUCUGUAUGAAAUUUUAAAUGAUUGCUAACUAUACAUAAUACAACAAUAAAAAGUUUUAAGUUCUGUUCUUUGCAGAGUGAUUGGAGUCUGCUUCUGGCAUUUGGUUGGUUUGUGGUUCAGAAAAAUGACUUCACCUCAGAUACCACUUAACCCUCACAGACCUAGAACAUGUUUGGUGAUGUCUGAUUCUCCUGAAUGUAUCUAGUUUUUUUUUUUACCUGUUCUGUCAGACAACUUCCGGGGUCAAAUGUAAUUUAAUUCAUUGAGCUCAAGUCUCAGUUUUACAUUUGGUUUGUCUGAGAAUUAUGUUUAACAGAAUAUAUAAAAAAAAUUAGGCCAGUCACUUUUUUCAGUAAAAUAUAUUGGAGACUGAACAUAAAAACAUAAAAAAUUGUCCACAAAUGCUGCCAUCUCUAACUACAUGGGUUUUACUGAUGACUCAGUGUAGGAUAUGAUGGUUUACAUGUGGUUUGAUUA